AUGCUCGGCAGUGAUAGCGCACCUGGUGGGAAGCGAAGGAAUCACACUGAUAAUGAAGAGCCGGGACCGUCUAAAGCUCCGCGUACCGAAGAAAAAAAUGCUAAAAUUGAUGGACUUGAGUCAAGUGGUUGGCAGGCUGUUAUGGGCAGUACGUUGGCUGAAGCCUUAGAACAUCUAAAAGUCGAUCGACAUCUACCAGCGAGGGAAGUGAAAAAACUGCUUCGCGCCGUCCUGACGAACGAAGAUGUAGUUUCGGCGUUCCGACGCUACAUCAAUUUGAGCGAACCGGAAACGGGCACCCCGUCUGCUACGACUGUCAAACGAGCCAAGGAUCUUGGGUUGCUUCAGGGCCUUCCCACCGCAAUAGUUGGUUCCCACGGGCUGGAACCGAGAGUAAUCACUCGGUCUUUGGCUCGGACGAUUGAACAGUCAUUACCGGACUAUUUCCCGCGUCAGUCCAACGAAUCCGGUAAAAAUGCAUGCACCAUUCUGGACAUGGAAUUUUCUGAUGAUGAUGAAAAUGAUGGUGCUAUUGAUGCUGCGGCUUCUCUUGAUAACGCCGAAGAGAAUCCCUCCGGUUCCGCGGUUUCGGCCGAUGUCGAUGUAGAUUACGUCCCGGGUCCAGAGGAUCUUUAUGUAUUACGUCGUGAUCAAGCUUUGGAUUGGUCUCCUUACGAAACUGCCCCUGGCACAGUUUCCAGUCCAUCAGGACCAGGUUUUGUCCUCUCUCCAUCCGGUGAUCACUCCAAUCAAUCGGGCGUUACGGAUAUAGAUAGUUCUACACUGUCUGAGGGGUCUCCUAUUGUCCCUUCCAGUGUGGUUGUCGAUGACUACUGUGACGAUCUGAUUAACCCUCGUACGUCUCCCUAUCGAACACGAUUAGCGUCUCAACGAGAUAAUUGCAAAUCAACUAAACGAUCUUCCCAAAUAGAGGAGGCAGUGGAUACCGCUCAUUCCUUGGGUCCUACAACAGAGCAUGAUUUUGUUUGGAUCAAGGCUGAUGAGCCCUCCAGUAUGGCACCUCUGGAGGAGGCUAGUUUUGUUGAUUCGGUCGGCGAUGAAGCGGAAGACACAGUAGAAGACGGUGUGUAUACCGAUUUCUUGCGAUCUCUAUUUCCUUCCGGGUCCAGCUCUGAGAAUACACCACGCAAGAAGCCCCAUAGUUCUACGGUACCCGCAAAUUCAAGCGAUACUCCCAGUACACCAGCGCACGGCUGUUCAAAUAACGAAACUCGGGCAGCGGACUGGACCAACGCGGUCCCGAGUGAUCUCCGGGAGGAUGAAUAUGAUGAUUCAGACGAUCCAGAAUUCGAUGUAAUGGCCGAAUUAGACCAAGUGAAUCGAGAAGAUUUCUUGGACGAGCUACGCGAUGAUCGUGCGGUUCGUGUCUCUAAAAUGGAGGCAAAAGUAGGUUGA